UGUGCAAUUUUAAUGCGGGUGAUACAUUGAAAUUCAUUAUACAUAUUUAUCUUCAUGUGACAAACUCUUGUCAUGAUAACACUUGACAAACAAAGUCAUUUAUAAUAAAUUCAUAGAAUAUGUCAAGGCUCCAAGAAAUAAAAAAAUAUACACGUCUGUCACAUUUAUUUAUUUUUAAAUAUUGAUGAUGAUUAUUAGAACGGUUUGUAAAUUAGAUAAAGAUAAAAAAAUUAUAAAUUCAUAUACCUCGUCUUUUUUUUUUCGAGUUUCAUCAUUAAGUGAAUAUAAUAUUUACGAAAUAAAACGUUAAAUGUAAAUUUAUCAAAAUAAAGUAUACCGUAAAGACUAAUCUUGACGAAAAAAAAAAAAAAAAUUUAAAUUAAAUAAAUAAGGUGAAUGUAUAUACACCUCAUGAAUAUCACGAGCCUUUUUUUAAAAAAUCAGUCAGUUAAUAUUUCGAUUGUGAACAAGACAGUUGUGCGUAUUUAAACAUUAAUUAUUUUCGAAUAAAAAAUAUUUAUUCUUUAAAUAAUUUUAAAAAUUGUGUCAGUUGAAUUUAUCAUUAUUUUUUAAUACAAAAAAACAAAAUGAUUUAUCAAUAGUUUGGUGAUUAACAAACGCGUUAGUUUAUCAAUUUUUAUUUUCCUCGAAACAGUGUUUCUUUUUGUAGUAAAACAUAUUAUAUUAAUUUAUUCAGUUGAAUUUUUUGAACUGAAAAUCAAAGACAAUCAUCAUGACAAUUAAUUUGCAUAAAUUUUUAUUUAUUUUAAUUAUUUUUUUGAUGAAUAAUCAUGUGAAGGUGGAUUGUUUUGCCAAGGCAAAAACACCGCCGAAUAUUAUUGUCAUGAUGGCUGAUGAUUUGGGCUGGAAUGACGUUAGUUUUCAUGGAUCUAAUCAAAUUCCUACACCAAAUAUUGAUGCGCUUGCUUAUAAUGGUGUUAUUUUAAAAAAUCAUUAUGUAUUGCCAAUUUGUACACCAUCAAGAUCAGCAUUUUUUACUGGUCGUUAUCCAAUUAGAGAUGGUAUGCAAGGUUACCCAUUGAAAGCAGGUGAACCACGUGGAAUUCCAUUGUCUACAAAAUUACUUCCACAACAUUUAAAAAGUCUCGGUUACUCGACAAAUUUAGUUGGUAAAUGGCAUCUUGGUUAUUACAAGGAUAACUUUACUCCAGCUCGACGAGGAUUUGAUACUUUUUACGGUUAUUACAAUGGAUAUAUAACAUAUUUUAAUCAUACAAUAACCGAAUCAAACAGAACAGGCUAUGAUUUCCGUCGUGAUACUCCAAGAAAAUUAGAGCCAUUAAAAAAAAGUGAUCCACUUAAAUAUGCAACUGAUGUUUUUACUGAUGAAGCUGUUGAAAUUAUUACCAAACACAAUAAAAGUCAACCAUUGUAUUUACAAAUUUCACAUCUUGCACCACAUGCAAGUGAUGCUGUUGAAACAUUAGAAACUCGAGAUAUCAAUAGUGUCAAUAAAGAAUUUGGCUAUAUUCGUGAUAGCAAACGUCGUAAAUUUGCAGGAAUGAUGAAGGCCCUUGAUGAAUCAGUGGGAAGUGUAACAGAAGCAUUGAGUAAAAAUGGACUAAUGAAAAAUUCGAUAAUAAUAUUCAUGGCUGAUAAUGGUGCCCAAACAAUUGGUUUUCUUGAAAAUCAUGGUUCAAAUUAUCCAUUCAGAGGUUUAAAAUUCACACUUUUUGAGGGAGGUGUUCAUGGUGUUGCUUGUGUUUAUUCUCCAUUGAUAAAUAAAACAGGAAGAGUUAUCAAUGACAUGAUGCAUAUAACAGACUGGCUACCAACACUUUACAAACAAGCUGGCGGUGUAAUUAAAAAUUUAGGAACAAUCGAUGGUAUUAAUCAAUGGUCAAUUAUUAAAAAUGGUAAACGAAAUGAUAUUACUAGACAAGGACGUAAAUCAGUUCUCAUUAAUAUUGAUGAAAAACAACAGCAGGUUGGAGCUAUCAGAGGAAAAUGGAAGUUGAUAAAAGGAGAAAAAAAUGCGCUUGAUGGUUAUUAUCGAGAAAAUAUUAGUGAUGUUGGUUUUAAUGAUUCCGAGUAUGUUGCCAAAGUCUUGAAUUCCACUGUCAAUUUGGUCAUCAAAAAAAUUGCAAAAAGCUCGAUAAAUGAAAAACAAAUACUAAAUCUCCGACAAGAGAGUCAAAUAACUUGUAAACCUUUGGAUAAAGUUAGUUCAAAUUGUUCUAAUUUGUGUCUGUUUAAUAUUGUAAAUGAUCCUUGUGAAACAACUGAUGUCUCUGCUGAAUAUCCAGGGGUUAUUAGUAAUAUUGAAAAUUACAUUAGUUAUUAUCAAAGUGUUUUGAUGAAUCAAACAAAUGCACCUGUUCAACCAGAAUCUUUUCCUGAACAUUUUCAUGGUGUAUGGAUGCCUUGGCUUGAUAAUAACGUUUGGAAAUAAAUUUAUGAAAUUAAAUAAUUAUUUAGAAGGCAGUAAGGUGUUGAGAAAAAAAUACAAGGCAAGAUAAUAUAUAAUUAUAAUAUUUAAAUAAAUAUCAGCAGUAUACAUUAAUAAUAGAAAUUUGCGUCGAAAAAAAAAUAACAAUUUUUAGAAUUGUUUGUGUGUUUUGUAAUUAAAUUUAUCAUCAUCAUCAGUAGUAGGAUCAUUACGUGGCUUGAGGCCUUCAAGCUUGACAAAAUUGUUGUUUUUUUUUUUUGUUCAAAUUAUCUCGUCAUCGUUGUUUGUGGUAAAUUUUUAAUGAGCUGUAGAAAAACCAGCAUGAAAAUAUUUCGAAAAAACUGAAAGAUUAUUUCGAUUAUAACCGUGAGUGUUAUUAUAAUUAAUUUUUUAACUUUAAAUAAUAUUAGUUGGUUUUUUUUUGAAAAGAAUAAAUCUUUCAUUUAAAAAGAAUAAAUUUCUUGAUAAUUUAAAAUUAAACAAUGAUGCUUGGAUUCUGUAAAAUAGGUCAAUGACAAACAUUUCAAUUUAAGAAUUUGAAAAUACAACAAGUAAAAAUAAACAAAAAAAUAUACUUGGUAACAGUGGAGCUGGUAAAACAACCUUGGUAUCAAUACUGUCAGAAUUUAUUGAUCCAAAAAAAAAAAAUUUAUAUCAACCUAGAAAGCUGCACU